AUGGCUUCGCCCCCCUACGCCAGUCGCCCACGGCCAUCUCCCCUCCCUAUCCCGCCCACACGCCACUGCCCGUCUCGAAGAAGCGCGCCUCCGACGGCGGCUCCCAACCCUCUCUCAAGCGGCGCAAGGCCUCGACUCUUUCCCCAAGUCAGCGCGCCAGCAGGACCCCCGAAGAAGAAGCGCGGCCGCAAGCCCAAAAACCGCAACCCCGAAGGCGCCCCCGACGCGGGCACGCCCACGCCCUCGCUCGUCAGCGGACGUGGGGGGACGGCUGGCGGCGGUGCCGAUGGGCAGAAUGGCGAUGACGGCAACGAUGACGAUGAUGAUAACGACAUGCAGAUGGGGCUCGUGGGUGGCGAGACGAGGACGCAGGAGCAGAAGCAGGAGGAAAUCAGGCUGCGCGCCAUGCUUGUCGAGUGCUUCGACGAGGACCAGAUGAACCGUUAUGAGAAUUGGCGCGCGGCCAAACUGACCGACAACGUCGUCAAGAGGGUCGUCAACGCCACCGUCUCGCAAUCGGUGCCGCCUACCGUCACGCUUGCUAUCAAAUCCGUGUCGAAAUACUUCAUCGGCGAACUCAUCGAGAAGGCCAUCAGUGUGCAGGGGGAGUGGAUGAACGCGACCGGCGAGAAACAGUCAGAGGUCGAGUUCCCCCCGCAAAACACAGAUCCCACCGUGCGCGGCGACAUCAACCGCCUCAGCGAGAAGGACAAGCGCGGCCCCCUGCGCCCGGAGCACCUGCGCGAGGCAUGGAGGCAGUACAAAAUGUCGGGCGAGAGCGGGUGGGUGGGCACGCAGGGGCUGUGGCACGAGCAGCAGAGCGACGGUGUCGAGCGGUUUCCCGUGCGGACCGGCGGCAAGCGUAUCUUCAAGUGA